UGUCGGUUCUCCUCCCCGCUCCUCCUCCCCCCUGUGCUCCCCCUGCUCCGACAGAGACAGGCAAAAGGCGAAGGAGGAGCAACGGACCUCACAGUCAACAGACACCGGGUGUACAGCAGUCGGUCGGUCGGUCGGUAGGUAAGCUACACCGGCAGAAGCCCACACGGAGGAGGGAAGACGUCAACUAACGGCUAUUUUCCAUUGACCAGUAAAGAGCCGGCAGAGAGAGGAACAGUAGAGAAGGCGAGCACGGGUGGAGGGGAUAAUUGCGUUUCUUGCUGCCCUGUGGGAACAUGGGAUAUAUGACCUCAUCAUUCACCUGUGAGGCUCUCCAGUAAACAACUCCAAAUAGAAGGAUGACCGAAGCAGCUGUGGAGAGUACAGAUGUCCUCCUAAAACCCUGUGUUGUGACAUCAUGUGAUGUCAUGAGCUGCCCCUCCCCGCCGCCAUGUCCGUCCUCUUGCAAACAGAAGGAGGACCAAGACUGCCACCAUGACAAUAAGAAGCUGGAGCAGCAGAAAAGCUGUAACCAGGUGCAACCAAAGAAAACAGUUAAGGCCAAAGGAAAGUUAGUGCGGAGUAUUGCUGUCUGCGAGGAGUUCUCACCAUUUGAAGCAACCCAGGCAUCUCCAGACGCAAACAUCUCAUCUAGCUGCCAUGACAACGAGAGAACUCCCUGUAAAGAGGAAGACCAGGAGAACAGCGCCGAUCCAAAGAAACAUUCACUGUCCAAAGAGCCCAGCGUGGAGUACACCGACUCCACCGGCAUAGACCUGCACCAGUUUAUCGUCAACACCCUCAACAGCAACCCCAGAGACCGCAUGAUGCUGCUUAAACUGGAGCAGGACAUGACUGACUUCAUCAUCAGCAAUAGUCCCUUUAAGAAGUUCCCUCACAUGUCGUCCUACCACCGUAUGCUGGUCCAUCGGGUAGCGGCCUACUUUGGCAUGGAGCACAAUGUAGACCAGACAGGCAAGGCUGUCAUCAUCAACAGGACCAGCAGCACACGCAUACCGGAGCAGCGCUUUCUGGACCAGGUGCAUAAGGACAAGGCAGAAGAGCUCCACCAGUGGAAAAUUAUUCUGAAGAGAGACAACAGCUCAGAUGACCAGACCCGACUUCACCCCUUACGGGAGAAGCAAAGCAAGUCGAUGGAGGAGAGAGAGGAGGAGUACCAACGAGUACGAGAUCGAAUCUUUAGCCAAGAGGCAUCCUGCACCCAGGAGAGUGCUCAUACAGAAACCAGGGCUGCGGAGGAGAACAAUCCAUAUGCUGAGACCCAGAGGAGAAGGCAGCUCUUCAGGGGGAGCCGUGACAGCUCAGGCUCCAGCUGGACAGGCAGCAGCAGACAGAGCAGCACUGAGACUGACUGUCGCUACAGCAACGACCCCCGACCUUGGAGCAGCACAGACUCUGAUUCCUCCUACCAAUGGACGAGUCCUGCCUCGAAGCCCUGCCAAGCUGCCAACCACAGCUGGGACACACGCGGUUCAGGCUCCAUCCCUCUUUACAGACUGACAUCCACAGAUGAGCCCGCUCCCAACUCUGCUUACAUCGUGGAGAACGGGAUCCCACCGGGAAGCAUACUAGUGAACCCUCAUACUGGGCAGCCUUUCCUGAACCCUGAUGGAUCCCCUGCUGUGUACAACCCUCCGGACAGCCAGCAGCCAAUCAGGAGCCAGACUCAGCUUCAAGGCUCCCCCUCUCAGCAGAUUGAAGAGCUCUCCUCGCAGUUUGCUCAAGUGAGCUGUCAAUCGACGUGUGAAGCCCCCCCUCUUUACCCGCCCGGUCAGGGUUACAUCUAUGCAGCCCCUCCCCCUCCCAAUCCCCCUAGCUACUGCCAGCCCUCACCUCAGUUGCCUGUGUAUUACUACGGCCAGUAUCCUACCUCAGCUCAGCAGCCGUGCAGGCCUGUCUCACCCAGCCAGCACAUCCACAGCCAAGCAGCACAGCCAGCAGCAGGUUACGCCCCUGCUGUGGGGGUGCAGCAGUCUUCACACACCCAGGCCCAGGCUGUGCUGGGGACCUACUCACCAAUGGCCUCUCAUCAGCAUCGUAGCAUGGUUCAGGGAGGUGUUUCACUGUCCUAUCCCCAAAGUAACGUUGUUGCUGGGGAGGCGGGUUACUGCUGCGUGGUGCCCUCACCCUCCCACCACGGCAGCUGCCAUCCUCCCAGCUGCACCAACCUCAGGGCCCCGGCCUGGAGCGCACAGUAUUGAUGAUGCCUUGACGGAUGGAGCGACGAUGCUCGAGUUCCUGCGUUAACUCACAUGCACACACACACACACACACACAUACACACUCUUAACACAAACACCUUUUUUUCACACUCCCCUCACCUACACUCGCCUUCCUCUUGACGAUGCCCACAGGGUGCGCUGUUCACACUCAUAACAAGCAUGUGUGCACACACACACACACACACACACACACACACACACACACACAACAUACACCCACUCACAUACAGAAAUGUUCCACUGUUAGAAAUGUUCCACUGUACCAAAGCUUAAUAGUAUAUAUCAGAGCUGCUUUAUUGAAUGCAUAAUUUAUAUACACAAAUGGAGUUUUAUAUUGAUAUUAAAUUAUAUAUUGUGUUCCAAGGAAAUGCACUGUGUGAAUAGAAUAAAGUGCUGUGGCUGGAUUGACGAUGUCACAUUUCUAUAUCAUCCCGGCUCUUUGUUUCCUCCAACAUUGAUGACGCUAAUGCAAAUGGAUGCAGGCGUGGCGAGACACAAACACCAGGAAAUGAAGUACAUUAAAUGAGGCAGCAGUGUCACAUGAUAAUCAAAAUGAUGUUUGUGCUGUGGAGAAGCAGUAAUAUGGGUUGUUAACCCACCACUGAGCUCAUAAAUGGGAGAUGAAUGUCAUUAACUUAAUGUCUGAAUAACUAACAAGCAAGUGAAAGAUUUAAGAUUAACAUGGUUGACCAUUAAGGGCACUUAUUUUAAGGGAAUCUUGGUGUUAUUAGGACUCAGAUGAUCACACAGUCGCAGUCGAGCAAUAGCGUUCAGGUUUUCACUCAUGACAACAAGCCAAUGUGGAAAAUUGGUGCAGAUUAUAUAAACAGCAGAGUUAUCAGUUACCAUUUUCUAUCAAACCACUGAAGCUGUCUCAGUUUGAGGCAUUAGCGCCCCCUGCUGCUCAAACACUCUCAGUACACAGCCCUCAUUAAC